CAUCUAUUCUUUCAAUGAAAAGCCUUUCAAACGGAAGGAAAGCUGUAUUUAGUGCUCGACUUUCUCAGAGGCGGCGACCUAUUCACUCGUCUCAACAAAGAAGUAAUGUUCACUGAAGAGGACGUGAAGUUUUAUUUGGCGGAACUGGCGCUGGCGCUCGACCACUUGCACACACUCGGCAUCAUAUACAGGGAUCUGAAGCCAGAAAAUAUUCUGUUGGACUCGACCGGACACAUUAGUCUCACGGACUUCGGUCUCAGCAAAGAGUCGCUAAACAACGAGAAGUCGUUCUCCUUCUGCGGGACCGUCGAGUACAUGGCGCCCGAGAUUAUCAGCCGUAAGGGCCACACGACGGCAGUGGACUGGUGGUCGUUCGGCGUACUUAUGUUCGAGAUGCUGACCGGUGUCCUACCAUUCCAGGGGACCAACAGGAAGGACACG